AAAGGCAGAUGCAAUAAAUGGAAAAAGGGCCAUCGUUUUGUUAAAAUAAGGUUUUAUUAGCGAUUAUCUAUUCUGAUCUCGGUUCUGUGAAGCUUAAACCUGUGAAGAUGAAACCUAAGUAUAUCCCGGCAUAACCAGGAAAACAUUAAUAAUUGGGCUUGGUGCAGUCUUCCUAACUUUGGCAGCAUGUGAACAUAAACUUCUCUAAACCUUCAACCAGUGCAGAUGAAUGUAAUUUUUAACUUUACUCAAUUCUCCGCCCAUAAUUGCUCUAAUAACUAUGGUGUGUCAUGGGUCAGUGAAUUUCAUAUUUUUAUUUUAUUUUGGUCGGAGAUAUCACUUUUACUAUGAUGAACAUGAACUGCUUUCGUCGAGCGUUAAGUGGAUUCUGAGACAACGAUCCGAAAUUUUUCACUGGUCUGUUUUUUCCGAGAGGCUGUUCUUUUGUCGGAACCUCCAAUAUUGACACACUGUGACAAUCAGCUGACAGAUAAGCUAAUCAACCGAAAUCAAAUUAUUGCAUAGAAAACUUUUUUAUUUGCGAUUUCGAAUCAUGCUGAUCAUUACUGUGUACUACUUGUAUAUAUAAUAUAAUAUAAACGACCGUUACGUAUGUAUGUACAAUAACUACUUCAAAUGCUCUCUUCAAGCAAUUACACGAUCAGUCGUCUAGAUUCGUUUGAAUGCUUCAACUUCUGGUACUUUUGCUUAAAGUUUUUACGCAAAGAAUUACUGUCAUUAUUCGUCACAGGCACCGCGCCCACCUCAAUCAACUGCCACACAGUCGAUGUGUAAUCGACGCUGCAGAUCUUAAAACGAAAUUUUCAACAAAUUUUUGUCUCAAAAGAUUUGCCAAGUUCAGACGUGCCGUCAUUCGUUGUGAUCAGCCCGUUGCGUCCAGUUGCCUAAUAAUCGUGUAGCAGCAGUUGUGUGGCUGCCGUGGUCUGAGUCAGGUAUUUCCCACCACUAAUCAAGUGUAACAACAAACAUAGUGAUAUUUGUUAGCAGAGCCAAAAAAUAAGUGCAAUCAAUUAUAGUGCGAGAAACAUUUCAAUAAAUCGUGUAUGCGCUGCGUCGUUCGUGUGUGCUUAUAACUUAGAGUGGAGCGUUGUUUAUAAUCUUCAGUUUACUAGCGAAGAUCAGCAGCUCAAGCAUGUGUGCUACAAAUUUACACUCACUCAUCUUUAUCUGCAGCAUUACGACGCUGUUACGCUCUGCGCUCGCGCAGGUGGCGCUCCCGCCGAUCGCGUGUCCCCAGUACUUUCAAUAUGUGAGCGAUGGCUUCGUGUACUAUGGCUUGAUUACAUUGCCGCAAGUACCAGUGGGCACGGCAGAUGUGCGUGCGCAUUUCUCUCAGCGCGGCCUACCCUCGUCGAAUUACUAUGGUCGUAUCACACCGUAUCCGGAUGAGAGCACCGUUGUGCGUAAUGUUUUAAAUGGUCAACCUGCUACUUUUCGUGUGGAUUUCGCGAGUCCCGGUAACCCCCCUAAAUUAACACUACUUUCACUGGACGGCAACGAUUUAUGCGUGGGUUCUGAUUAUCCACCACCGAAAUCAUGGGCAAAACUGUCUUACCAACUGUACACAUAUUAUACCGCCGGAAAUGGUUUAACGGGGCCGAAUGUACCCAACUCCUUCUUUCAGCAUAAUCAACAAGCUCAUACUAAUCCACUAUUCAUCCCCAUUAAUUCCCUCCCCAUUCCGAAUGUUAGCAACAAAUUCGACACACCAGCGGCAAGGCCAACAGAAGUCACGCCGAAGCCAACUAGCAACAUAGGUACAGCAUUAAAUUCAGGGGAUUUAGCAGAAGUUUGCGGCAUAGAAGGUACUGUGGUACGCGGUUUUGUCUAUGGAGGAGUUGAAGUGUUGCGUGGGCAGUUCCCUUGGUUAACGGCAAUUUAUAGUAAAUACACAGAUUCAUUGAGUUUCAUGUGCGGCGGAUCUUUGAUUUCACGAAGUACUGUAAUCUCAGCUGCACACUGCUUUAAACGCUUACAAGCCGAGCAAAUUGUGCUCUUCCUCGGGCGACACAAUCUAGAGAGCUAUAGCGAAGAUGGCAUUGUAACGCGAGAUGCAAACAAACUCAUUAUCCAUACGGAUUAUGUAGACGGCCAACCGAAUGCUGAUUUAGCAUUAAUACGAAUUGAACCUCUCGAACAAUUUACGGAGUACAUAAAACCGAUUUGCUUGUGGAGUGAAUUAGAUGAGAGUUCGCUUAUUGUUGGGAAAACUGCUUCAGUGGUCGGCUGGGGUUAUGAAGGUGAAAAGGAAAGAGACAUAUCGCCGUUACCGAAAAUGGUAGAUGUCAAAAUAGCUAGUAAGGGCGACUGCCUAAGUUCUUCCUUUCAAAGCCUUAUCACGAAUAAUACAUUUUGUGCCGGUAAUCGUGAUGGCACCGGACCUUGCAUGGGUGACUCAGGUGGCGCUCUGAUGUUGCAGCGCAAUGGUCGCUGGCUUUUACGUGGUGUUGUGUCCUCAGGUCAGUCAUCGGCACAGCGUUGCAAUUUGUAUGAAUAUGUUGUCUACUGCGAUGCAGCGAAAUAUAUAACAUGGAUUCGACAGAAUCUUUAGGAUUAUUACUCGAAUGUAGUUUGUUCUUUUAAACCUAAUAAUAUAACAAUUAAAUGUUUAUGAAAACAAUACCGUAAAA